AAGGUUCUACCCAGACAACAAUACAAAGCAGUUUAAGAUCAAAUGCAGACAGAAAGAAAACUAAUGCAUAUGUUGCAAAAUGGUUUUAUGAAGCUGGCAUCCCAUUCAAUACUGUCAAGUUAAGGAGCUUUGAGGAGAUGGUUGAAGCCAUUGCACAGUUUGGGUCAGGAUAUAAGCCCCCUUCUUACCAUGAGUUGAGAGUGCCCUUGCUACAGGAUGAAAAAGCUCAGAUUGACUGUAUCAAGAAGAAAUAUGAAGAUUAUUGGAAAAGGCACGGGUGCACUCUUAUGUCUGAUGGGUGGCCUGACAAGAGAGGUAGACACUUGAUUAAUUUCCUUGUCAAUUGUCCAUUGGGGACUUAUUUUAUGGGCUCUGUAGAUGUAUCUAGUGAGUCUCAAUAUGCAGCCAUGUUAUUUCAGCUGCUUGAUAGUAAAAUUGAAGAAAUUGGGGAGGAUAAUGUGGUACAAGUAGUUACAGACAAUGCAGCUAAUUAUGUUGCAGCUGGUAGAAUGUUGAUGGAAAAACGGAGUAAGCUUUAUUGGACUCCUUGUGCAGCUCAUUGUUUGGACCUCAUGUUAGAGGACAUUGGCAAGUUGAAAGCUUAAAAAACAACAAUAGAGAGGGCAAAAACAAUGACAAGUUUUAUCUACAGACAUUACAAACUUGUUGAUGCUUUGAGGAAAAAGACAAAUGGAAUAGAUCUGGUGAGGUCUGGAGUUACAAGAUUUGCUACCUCAUUCUUGACACUACAAAGUUUGUACAAGAACAAGGAUGCCUUGAAGCAAUUAUUUGUAUCUGAUGAUUGGAAUAGUUCUAAGUUGUCCAAGACAGAGGCAGGUAAGAAAGUACUUGAGACAAUACUUGCACAAACAUUCUGGAACAGUGUACUAGAUUGCUUAAGAGCAUCCCAACCAAUUUUAGUUGUCUUGAGGUUAGUAGAUGGUGAUGAGAGGCCUGCAUUGCCUGAAGUUUAUUUGGCAAUGGAAAUAGCAAAAAAAAGGAUAAAAGUAAAUUUUGCCAACAAAGAACGGUCAUGGAAGAAGGUGUUAGCAAUUAUUGAUGAUCGUUGGGAGGUCCAAAUGGAUCGACCUUUAUAUGCUGCUGCCUUUUACCUAAAUGCUAGCAAAUAUUUUGACCACAUCAAUGAUGCCCCUUUUGAAGAAUCAUGUAAAAUACAAGAUGCAUUCAUGUCAGUUAUUGAAAGAAUGGUGCCCGACUUAACUGUGCAAGACAAGAUCAUACGUGAGUCUCAAUUGUACAGAAAAUGUGAAGGUAGCUUUUCAAGGAGUUUGGCUUUUAAACAACGGAUAGUCGGUGAAGGAGCAUUGGAUCCUAUCUCUUGGUGGCAAACACAUGGAUCUUCGGCCCCUACGCUUCAACAAUAUGCAAUACGCAUAUUAGGCCUUUGUUGCUCCGCUUCCGGUUGUGAGCGCAAUUGGAGCACAUUUGAUUUUGUACGUAUGAUCUUGUAUAUUAGUUUGUAAUUAUAUUUUUUACAUUUAUUUCUUGACUUAAAUAAAGAGUAUUUAUGGAUUCAGAUUCACACCAAGAAGAGGAAUAGACUAGAACAUCAGCGCUUGAAUGAUCUAGUCUAUAUCCAAUACAAUCGUCGGCUUCAUUCAAGGUUCCAAGAAAGAAGGGAAAAAGGCAGCAAUUGUGAUCCAUUAACUCUUGAUGAAAUGAAUUGGAGUAGUGAAUGGAUAACAGGGGAUCAAG